AUGGUAGUGUGGGUUCAGUUUCCUGCUUUUCCGGUCCACUUCUAUCAUAAGGAGAUUCUCUUUGCGCUUGGAAACAUGCUCGGCCGGGCAAUCAAAUUGGAUUUCCACACACAACAUCAACAACGGGCCAAAUUCGCUCGGAUUGCGGUGGAACUCGACUUAUCCAUGCCACUGGUCACCCGUAUCCGGCUAGACGGGAAGUGGCAAUACAUCGAAUAUGAAAAUCUGCCAACGCUGUGCUUCGACUGUGGCAAGAUAGGACAUACAACGGAUACAUGCCCAAGGACGGCGGUAGCGGCAAAACUCCCGAUCACCGGAAACACGACAACGGCGCAGGAUCAACACACGGACACACAGCCGGAAGAGAAGGUAGGGUUCGGCCCGUGGAUGCAAGUCACGCGCCGAUCCAGACGGGGAAACCGAGGCACCGAGAAAGGAAAUUCAAGCAACAAUCAGGGAGAUCUCCCCGGAAGUGGAAAGUCUGGGAAAGGAAAGCCUAAUACAAAAGAAGCAGAGAAUCCCGUGGGAAGUAAAAAUGGUAAGAGGGAGGAGAAUAGUCAGCGGAUGGAACCGCAACGGCAAUAUAACCAUGGAAAAGGAAAGACAGAGGCAAUUGGAUCGGGGAUUGUGCACGAUAAAUGGGGGAAGGAAGCUAUGGAAGCUACUACAGGGGGGAAAGGGCUUCUCGGGCCCAGCCCGGGGUCUCUAUCUACCUCAAUGGAGAGGCCCAACAAAGACGCAGCCCAAGCCAAGAAGAAGGAUACAAAAACUGGAUCAGGAGUUGGCGGAUCGUGCUCGGCGGGAAGCUCCUCAAAGCCGAAGCCCAAUAUCAGCCUGAAAAGCUCCAGCCCACCAGCUUCUAAUACUAUCACGGGCCCAAAUGCAGUCACCAUCCAGUUAGUCAAUGUUACCCCACUAGACAGUCAGAAGGCGAUGGAAGACUCCCAGGGAACUCCCUCGACGGCGACCAGGACCAAGAACAAGACAAACCAGAAAAAAGGAAAAUCCAAGUCGCCAAAAAAGUUGCCGGGGACAGUCUCCUCGAAGGCCUUGCAGGUCUGGACUCCGAUCAAGGACAAGAAAUCGAAGAAUAGAUCUCGGUUGGCAUCUCUAACUCUCCAAGAAAUAGCUGCUUGGACGGGAGCGGCGCAGGGGGAUCGUGGGGAGAGGAACGAGAGGCCGAGGUCGGAAGCAUCUCAGUCGACAGGGACCAGCGGGGCAACGGAUACAGCAGCUCCCAUCUGA